GAAGAAUCACCUGGGAGAAACAGAACACAUCAGCUCCACGGCACGGCCAGUGCACACGUUUUGCCCUGCUGACAUCACAAGCAGGAUGCUGGGCAGGCCUUGAAUUGUGACAUCAAGGAGCAUUUUCCACGCAGCCUUUGAGAAAGGGGAAGAGCACAUGAGGAGAGCACAAAACAGCAGCCAAAAAGAAAGGGCCAGUUCAAGAUCAAGUCCCAGCCACGAUGCCUCCUAUCCAGUCCUCAAGAGUUCCCCAAGACCAUCAGCUGAUGAAUAACAGCAGCAAUACCAGAAGGUUCGAGGACCAAGUCCUCUGUCCCAUUUGUCUGGAAGUAUUCCGUGGCCCAGUCACCACAGCCUGUGGUCAUAACUUCUGCAUGUCCUGCCUCCAGAGUUUCUGGGACCACCAGGUCACCAUGGGUGAGAUGCUCUAUUGCCCCCAGUGCCGGGAGAACUUCCCCUGCAGACCACGCCUCGCCAAGAAUGUCAUCCUGGAGGAGAUGGUGGCCUGCUUUACCCAGGCCAAGGACCAGGCUGUGGUGCCCUCACGAAACCUGACCGGGUCCAAGGAUGUACCCUGUGACUUCUGUUCUCCCCAGAAGCUCAAGUCAGUCAAGUCAUGUCUGCAGUGCAUGGCCUCCCUGUGCGAGAAGCACCUGCGUAGUCACUAUAGCGACCAGCUGUUCCAGGACCACCAGCUCCUGGAGCCCGUGUGGGACCUCAAGGGCCGCCUGUGCCGGAAGCACCGCAAGCUACAGCAGCUGUACUGCCGCACAGAAGGCUCCUGCGUGUGUGGGGUCUGCCUGCUGGAGGAGCACAAGAACCAUGACACCAUCUCCCUGGAGGAGGAGCGCGCCCACAAGGAGGUCGAGGUUCGAAAGGUUCAGGCAGAUGUGGAGAACCAGAUGCUGAUCAUCGCCUCGCACAGCCAGAAGCACCGAGGGCAGGUGGCCUUUCUUUCGAAACUGAUGCAGACUACUCGAAAUGAGGUGAACACCUGCUUCUCGGAGAUCAUCCAGGAGGUCAAACAGCUGCAGGUGAAGGUCUUGGAUUUCCUGGAGAAAGAGGAGGCAGCUGCCUUGGGGAAGCUGGGCAGCUCCAUUCAGCAGAGCCACAGCCAGCUCCUGAAGCUGGAAGGGGACAGCGUCUGGCUGCGUGCACUGCUCACCAACCCAAGCGACAAGCAGUUUAUGCAGGAGUUCCCUAGGCUGAAGCAUUUGCCAGUCUGCAUGGAACCCCUGAUGGGCACCAACUUCGAGGAGAAACAGAGUUUCCUCCACCUGUCAGAUACUCUGGCGGAGCUCCGGACCCAGCUGAUGGAUGUGGGUCUCAGCUUCAUCAACCAGCUCCUCCUGAAGGGCAUUAAGAUGAACUCCUAUGAGGUGCUGCCUUUAACUGUGGACCGGAAAACACUUCUUCAGUAUUACUGCAACUUGAACUUUGACCCGACCAUGGCCAGCGAGGAGCUGUUCCUGUUCAAGGAGACCCACUCCGUGCUGAACCUGGGCAUCCUCCUGGAGCCCCUGGCGGCCGGCGGCCCCUUCCCGGGCUUCAAGCUGUGGCCGCAGGCGCUGUGCUCACAGGGCCUCUCGGAGGGCCGCCACUACUGGGAGGCCGAGGUGUCCGACUCCUGGGUGUGCCUGGGGGUCACCUACGCGCGCAGCCCCCCGCCCAGCGGCCGGCCGCGCCGCAACAUCGUCUACCUGCUGGGCCGCAACCCCUACUCGUGGUGCCUGGAGUGGGACUCGCUCAAGUUCUCGGUGUGGCACGACAACCGGCAGACGGUGCUGCACGGCGGCUACCACCGCACGCUGGGCGUGGCCCUCGACUGCCGCGCCGGCUGUCUGUCCUUCUACGGCGUGGCGGGCGGCGUCAGCCUGCUCUACCGCUUCCUCGCCUCCUUCCUGGAGCCGCUCUACCCCGCCGUCAUGGUGGCCGGAGGCGCCUCGGUCACGCUCAAGCAGCGCCCGGAGCCCUAGGCCGAGCCAAAUAAAGCUGGACUCCGGGACGCGUGGGUGCCCGAG